AUGAUAGAGGACCUCCUGCAGAACCCAGGCCCGGGAACAUACAGCCCUGAAAAAGCUCCUCCAUGUAACCUCCAGCGUCGGCCUCCUCGCUUCACCAUGGGCGCCCGCACUUUGUACCGCACCGUGGACGCAGUACCUUCCCCUAAUAAGUACAGUCUGCCCCCCCUGCUGGGCCCGCAGGUCCCCAACAAAGCAGCCAGUGCCUGCUACACCAUGUCUGCCUGCUACCCCUGUGGAGGGCCAGCCGUGGACUUGGCCAAAACACCAGGACCAUGUGGCUACAAUAGCACCGACCCCAAUGUGUACCUGCCACGUCAGCCAGCCUUCUCCAUUCUAGGCCGUCACUCUUUGGCUAAAGAUCCGGCCAGCAGACCCGGUCCUGGGACCUACAAUCCAGAGACUGUGACGGUGCACAAGGCUCGGGCGCCAGCCUACUCCUUAGGCAUGAGGCAUUCUGAAUACGUCACUCCGCUAAUCAUACAUUUACCUGAUUAA